UGUCUUGGCUCGGGUUCACCUGAGCUGCAGGGCUACUGUGCCUGCAGCCUGAAAUGGUAACUGUUUCUUUAAGGCGCUUGCCUACCACUGUCUGCUUUGUUUAGCCAGAGGGGAGAGUCACGCCAUCAGAACAGAAGAACAUGCUUUAAUUCGGAAAAGUAGAGGUAAACAAAGGUAAGAAACGUUCACCUCUGGAGCAAGAAUCGACUAUUUGGGCAAGGUUACUGUUUCGUGCGUGUCGGAAUGAAGUCUACUCAAAUCUUACUAUCCACUGCACUUAUUUUCCUUCUCUCGGGACUUUCCAUGACCACAGCCUGCAACAAGGCUCUCUGUGCCAGUGAUGUCAGCAAAUGUCUCAUUCAGGAGCUGUGUCAGUGCAGGCCCUCGGAUGGGAACUGCUCGUGCUGUAAAGAGUGUAUGCUCUGUCUUGGCACACUGUGGGAGGAGUGCUGCGACUGUGUGGGGAUGUGUAACCCUAGGAACUACAGUGACACUCCAGCUACCUCCAAAAGCACGGUGGAGGAACUCUACCGACCCAUCCCUUCACUGUUCCGCGCCCUCACCGAGGGCGAAGCGCCCAUCAACAUGAUGGUGGUGUCCUUCCCCGUGGCCGAGGAACUAUCUUACCACGAGAACCUGGUGUCUUUCCUGGAGACCAUCGAGGACCAGCACCAAAAUGUCUCCCUGCCUGGGAACAGUAUCCACGCCAGCUACGAUAACACCCAAAGUACUGAAGAUAACAUGUGCACUGUGGUGUACUUUGAUGACUGCGUGUCCAUCCGCCAGUGCAAGCAGUACUGCGAGUCCAUGGGCGGCUCCAAGUACCGCUGGUUCCAUAACGCCUGCUGUGAAUGCAUCGGCCCAGAGUGCCUCGACUACGGCAGCAAAGCCGUCAAGUGCAUGAACUGCCUGUUCUAAUGAAAGCCAAUGGGACUUGCCACGUUAGGGUACUGUGCUCAAAAUGCCACAAGGGGGCACUGUCUGCAAUAUGCAGAUGGGCUGAUGAGGUUGACCGAGGAAGAUGACUUGUGCCUCAGCCUUUUGUAAAAUGUUUCCAUAUUGUGAUGUAAAAUAUUAGCCCUUACAAAUUAUUUUUCACUCUUGAAUUUGUUUUUAUAUCUUAUAUAGGUUCUCUAGCAGAGAAUAAAUAUAUAUUGAUUGUUUUAUAUUCUCUUAUAGUUAAUGCUGAAAGAGUCACUAUGACAAAUCGUUUUUUAUAUAUAUAUAUAUCUAUAGCUGCGUAAAGACAAGCAGUCAAUGUUAUCUAAUCUGUAGUGAAAUGGCAUUUUAUUUUUGUUGUAAUGGACAAUCAUAGUAAAUACUGUUUGUAUAAUUAUUAUGUCAUUGUUAGCUAUAUAACAUACACUACAUGGCCAAAAGUAUAGACACCUGCUCGUCAAACAUCUCAUUUCCAAAUCAUGGCCAUUAAUAUGGAGAUGGUCCCCCCCCUUUGCUGCUAUAACAGCCUCCACUCUUCUGGGAAAACGUUCCACUAGAUGUUGGAACAUUGCUGCGGGGACUUGUUUCCAUUCAGCCACAAGAACAUUCGUGAGGUUGGCACUGAUGUUGGUCGAUUAAGCCUGGCUCACAGUCGGCAUUCCAAUUAAUCCCAAAGGUGUUUGAUGGGGUUAAGGUCAGGGCUCUGUACAGGCCAGUCAAGUUCUUCCACAACGAUCUUGACAAACCAUUUCUGUAUGGACCUUUCUUUGUGCAUGGGGGCAUUGUCAUGCUGAAACAGAAAAGGGCCUUUCCCAAACUGUUGCCACUAAGUUGGAAGCAAAGAAUCGUCUAGAAUGGUGUAGCGUUAAGAUUUCCCUUCACUGGAACUAAGCGGCCUGAACCAUGAAAAACAGCCCCAGACCAUUAUUCCUCCUCCACUAAACUUUACAGUUGGCACUGUACAUUGGGGCAGGUAGCGUUCUUAUGGCAUCCGUCAAACCCAGAUUACUCCGUCGGACUGCCAGAUGGUGAAGCGUGAUUCAUCACUCCAGAGAAUUCCACUGCUCCAGAGUCCAAUGGCUGAGAGCUUUACACCACUCCAGUCGAUGCUUGGCAUUGAGCAUGGUAUUCUUAGGCCCGUGUGCGGCUGCUAGGCCAUGGAAACCCAUUUCAUGAAGCUCCCGACGAACAGUUCUUGUGCUAGCGUUGCUUCCAGAGGCAGUAGAACUCCGUAGUGAGUGUUGUAACCGAGGACAGACGAUUUUUACGCACUUCAGCACUCGGUGGUCCCGUUCUGUGAGCUUGUGUGGCCUACCACUUCACAGCUGAGCCGUUGUUGCUCCUAUAUGUUUCCACUUCAUAAUAACAGCACUUACAGUUGACUGGGGCAGCUUUAGCAUGGCAGAAAUUUGACAAACUGACUUGGAAAGGUGGCAUCCUAUGACGGUGCCACGUUGAAAGUCACUGAGCUCUUCAGUAAGGGCCAUUCUACUGCCAACAUUUGUCUAUAGAGAUUGCAUGGCUAUGUGCUCGAUUUUAAACACACGUCAGCAACGGGUGUGGAUGAAAUAGCUGGAUCCACUCAUUUGAAGGGUUGUCCACAUACUUCUGACCAUUUAGUGUAUGUUAUUUUAAACGACUGCCAUAUUCAAUCAAAACUGAUGGCCAGCCUUUCACAGACAACAGGUUUGAUUUUACAGGCACCUUUUAAGAUGAUUUGUUUCAUACUGUCAACAUUUUUCAUUAUAGCACAAGUAUGUUGUUUGACUGCAUACCACACUGUUACUAUACACACUCCGGAAUGGAACAGUUGAUUGGUCGAAAGGUAGUCUGGUGGGAUCUGUUUCAGGCCAGAGUGUGUUCCACUCCGAGGUGUGUACUGUAAGUCGUGUCACAGAGGAACCCGGUUGUUAUUGCCCUCUGUGUUUAUCCCUUGUUCUUCAUGUCUUUAGCUAUGCUUAUUAAAGCUCUGCAACAUUUGGUUUCAAUUAGGGCCACAGAGGCUGGCAGAGAGCAGCAGACACGUUACUGCAACAUCUUGGCGCAGCUUUAUUGGUCUUGUAGAGGUUGUAUGUGCUACAUUCAAUUGGUUUGUGUCCUUGCUUUCUUGUGCUGGUUCACUGUCGCGCUUAUUUCCUUGAUCUGUCGAGUUAUUCAUAGGGUUGUCGUGUAGCCAGUGGGUCUCGUGAAACAGAAAAUGUUGGUUAUUUGGCACAGGAGUGGAGCAAUGUGGUUUAUGGAAGCAGUAAGGUACUAAAGACAAACUCUUUAAUUUCUAAGCCAAUGCAACUAUUCACAUAUAAGCGCUAAUGAAAAUGGGGUGAGGAAAGUAAAGUAGAUACCUUGUAUGUAAAAGCAAUAAUAUUAUUUGAAUUGUGACAGAAACAUGUAAAACACUUCAUUCCAAAUGGCAAACAGUAAAAUAAUGUUUUGUGUAAAAAUGUAAUAAAUUAAACAUUUCUCAUGUUUACACUAAA